UAACCCCCUUCACCGAAACCAUCCCCCAAAUUGACUUACCUCGCCAUGUCUGCUGCCCCAGCUCAAUCUCCCUCUGAGCCGAAUCCCUUGAAGGUCCACAUUGAGACCUUGGAGAAGGCUUUCGUGGGACGUGCGCCGUUCUGCAGUGGUUCCAUACCUGUUGCACCAGAAGACAUUCUACUCUUCUACGGAAAGGACAAGAACGCUAGACGUCUCGAUUUCACCGACGCUUCGGAAGAAGAUUUACGCCACCUUGCUGACACUUGUGAUCCUGCUUCCUUUGGAGUUGACAACGAGGAUGUCAUGGAUGACUCUUAUCGCAAGGCUGGCAAACUAGAUAUCGCGCACUUUGUGACAACCUUAGACCCAGUCAAAUGCGGCUUGGUGGAAGUCAUUCGCAAUCAAUUCUUGGAGGGUCCACAGGUCAAGGCUUCCAUUCGUGUGGAACGAUACAAACUUAAUGUUUAUGGACGAGAAGGUUUCUUUAAAGGCCAUAAGGAUACGCCUAGGAGCGAGUCAAUGUUCGGUUCCCUCGUUGUUGUCCUUCCUACUGAUCACGUUGGUGGUGCACUCGUCUUCCGUGAAAACGAUCAAGAAUGGACGUUCGAUUCCGCUCAUGCUGUUGCUAGACAACCCGGUGAGACCCUGCGGUUGGGCUACGCUGUGUUCUAUAGCGAUGUCGAACAUGCCGUCACCCCAGUUCAAGCAGGCUACCGUGUCACGUUAACCUACAAUCUCUACUUCGAGGAUCCCUCUCCGGUUCAAGGCUCCGUCGUGUUGCAUGACGCAACUUAUGACAAGCUGUAUAGCGCACUCCAGGCUGUCCUGAACGAUUCAACUUUCAUCCCCGAAGGUGGCUUACUUGGGUUCGCACUUCGUCGAGAAUAUCCGGUCCGGGUCGGCAAGGCUGACCUCGGGACAAUUGAACAAUUUCUCAAAGGGAGUGAUGCGGCUUUGUUACGGGCAUGUAAGGCGCUAUCCCUCAACGCGUCGUUCAAAGCACUCGUUAGGCAACAUGCGACGGACCCCUUCAGCGUAACACCAACAUAUCCCGUUCUUUGUAAUAGGAUUCCCGACGUCAAGAGGUUCCCACAGGAAGAUUGGGACGAUUAUGUUUGUCGAAAAUUCGGUGGAAAACGAGUAGCGAUGAAUGUGGAAGGUAUCGGUUCAUGGGUUCAGCCGGACAUUAAGAUCCACUGGGUUCUGAGUCCAAGACAGUCCCUGACGACUUCGAAGCAACAGUACAUGGCCUUCGGCAACGAGCCCACUCUCACUUAUGUGUAUGCACAUGUCUGUCUGAUUAUCGAUCUUGGUCCUGUUGGCGCGAGAAGCGGUACUAAUAACUAGACCAACUGGUGUAGCUUUUGUAACGUGUUUUUUUGAAUGUCUUUGCGCAUGUAUGUAGCUCUUUGUAGCUCUUCCUAUAUCCCCUGCGCUCUUAUUGGCGCGAACACUUUCUGAGGCGUUUUCAUGGCUUGGUGGAAAGAUUUUCAAACGAGUUGAAUUACUUCCGUUACAACCAAUCAUCUCGUUCAGUUAGACUCGAUCUCAAGUUUGUCCACCAGUACAACCAUUCCGCCUCGCGAUUGACAACGUCAACCGAAUAUAUAGAGACACAAGUC